AUGCUAAGGUUGCAAAGGUACUACUCCUCAAAGGCUGGUGUUUUAACGACUAUUCGCGACCUAUUGCAAAUAAAAGAUGCACCUCAAGGAAAAAUCGAGAUCAAAGGAUGGAUUAAAUCAAUUCGUAGGUUGAAGAAGGUAUCCUUCAUUGAUUUACAUGAUGGUACAACAAGUGCUCCGUUGAACAUUGUUUUACCAAAUGUGGGCGAAGAGGAGGGCACGAUAGCAUCUCAGCGGUUGAAGGUAGGGCAAUCAUUAAAGAUAGAAAAUGCUACUUUGUGCUUGACCCCUACCCGUGAGCAACCCUUUGAACUGUCAUGCAGUAGAAAUGAUAUUAGUGUUUUGGGUGAUGUGACUAGUGAAUAUCCUCUUCAGAAGAAAUAUACUUCGUUGGCUCAACUGCGUCGAUUGCCGUUGUGGAAGCAUAGAACAACAUAUUUUGGAGGACUGAUGAGGAUAAGGUCACAUGUCGAGACUAAAUUAAACUCUAUAUUGGCUAAGGAGGGCCUAUUUAAAGUACAGCCACCUAUUUUGACUAGUUCUGACUGCGAGGGCGGAGGACAGUUAUUCAACGUCGAGGCGAAUGCGUUGCGCAACUCCAAGGAUAAAAACGCCGAGAAAUACUUUGGCAAGGAUGCAUAUCUGUCUGUUUCAACUCAGUUACACUUGGAGAUCCUGGCUCAUGCGUUAAGCAAAGUAUGGACCCUGACGCCAUGUUUCCGAGCAGAAGAGAGCGAUACCAACCGUCAUCUUGCUGAAUUUUGGAUGCUGGAGGUUGAGAUGUGCAAUAUUGAAACCACCCAACAACUAACCGACUUCAUUCAGCUUAUUACGAAAAGAAUUGCUGCAUCAUUAAUAGAAAACCAGGAGAAUCUACUUCCCAAGAUGAGGCCUGAAAAAGGUGCGGACGAAAGACAGGUAGUCAUAGAACGUUGGAAUAAACUCUUAGAUGACAAAUGGCAUAAAAUCACGUAUACAGAUGCUAUUAAGGUUUUACAGCAUCGGCAUGCAGAGAAGAAGUUUGAAACUGAACCUCUAUGGGGUGUAGCAUUGAAAUCAGAACAUGAAAAGUGGCUAGCAGGUGAACACUUCCAAGGGCCAGUAUUUGUGACAGAUUAUCCAAAGCAAACCAAGGCAUUUUACAUGAAACAAAACCCUGACGGCGAAACUGUCGCCUGCUUUGACCUUUUAGUCCCUGAUAUGGGUGAGAUCGUAGGUGGUAGUGUGCGUGAAGACGAUUAUGACAAGUUAAUAUCGGAGAUGAAGCUCAGAAAAAUGGAUAUUGAAGCGCUGCAAUGGUAUACCGAACUACGGAGACAAGGCAGCAUGCCCCAUGGAGGAUUUGGAAUCGGAAUUGAACGUCUAGUCAGCUGGCUAUAUGGCGCUCAAAAUAUACGAGACGCGAUCCCCUUUCAUCGGACAGCCAAGACUGUAAUUGAGCUUUAA